AUGACGGAUCAACGCGAUGCCGACGAGUGCAAGGACAAGGGCAAUGCCGAUAACGUCACGGACGCUGUCGUCGUGGUUGCGCCAUACCUUGCUGCCGUCGCCGUGGUUGACAAGGCCAAGCUCAAGCUCCAGGCCUCGAUCGUCUCGACGCUUAUCAAGUGCGUCCCGAGCUGGCACGACGUCACGCCCGACACGGUCGACGUUGAACAUCUGGGCGGCGCAAUGACGAACCUCAUUUUUGCGGUGCACAAGCCCGACGGCGAGCACAGCGACGUGCUCGUGCGUGUGUACGGCGAAGGCACCGAGUCGUUCUUUUCUCGCGUGGAAGAGACGCAGCUGUUCCAGCUCUUGAGCAAGCAGGACAUUGGGAUUGAGCUGCUAGGACAGUUUGCCAAUGGUCGAGUCGAGAAGCUCAUUACUGGCUCGACGUACACAAACAGGCGCAUGCGACACGUGAACGAGUCGCGCAUCAUUGCGAAGCAGCUGCGCGUGUUCCACGAACUUUCGAUCGAGAUUAACCGCACCCCUACGUAUCUCUCUAGUAUCCGGAAACUACUGGAGGUUGCCCGGGUCAAGUGCACGUGCGACAAGUUUGAUGACGUGAUGGACCUAACCCAGAUGGCGCAAGACGUGGACGAGCUGGAACAGCUGGUGAUGCGCGUCCCGUCUCCGAUUGUCUUGAGUCACAAUGACUUGCAGUAUGGCAACAUUAUGAAGAAUGAGGCGGGGGAGGCCGUGCUCAUUGACUUUGAGUACACGAGCUACAACCCGCGCGGGUACGACUUGGGCAACCACUUUUGCGAGUGGGCAUUUGACUACCACAAGACGGUAAAUGCACAUCUGGGCGACUUUAGCAAGUACCCGACGGUCGACGAACAGCGCACGUUUUGUCGCGCGUAUUUGGCUGGCAAAGACGGCGACGAGAACGACGUGAGCGAGGAAGAGGUGGAGCAGCUACGACACGAAGCCAACACGUACUCGCUGGCGUCACAUCUGUUCUGGGCCCUCUGGGGCUACAUCCAGGCGGCCCAGUCCACGAUCGACUUUGACUUCUUGGCGUACGGCAAGUGCCGCUACGACGCGUUCAAAUCUCGCGUCACAUUUAGGAAUUGA